AGAAUGAUAAAUUCCUUGCAGAAUAAAAUAUUUAUCGUAUAAUUACAUCUUUUGCUGAUUUCUUCAGACAAAUUGAGCAAAAAAUUCACAAAUUUCGGAUUCCUUCGUUCCCUCUUUUUCUGAAUCCAAUCUUUGGAGGGAAAAGUGAAAUUUUCAAUUCUUUUAUGGUGAAACCCUAACAAGGUUUAUCACUUUCACUUCACUGAAUUACAGUACAGUUUUGAGCUGCUUCAGUUUUGUGAUCUCCUCAAUUAAAAUCUCAAGAAACUGUAUGCUUGGCUGCAUUCUUAAAGAGUGUGGAUUGUCAUCUUUAUAAAAGAAUUUUGGUGAGGCAAUAAGUAUCUUCAGGGUGAGAGGUUCUUCCCCAUAUGAAAGAUGCAGACCAAGAAGAAAAUAACAGGAAGGAGUUCUCGAGAACUAGCCAGCCCAAGGGUUUCAAGACAGCAAAAGAAGCUAUCUGAAAAUGUGCAAGUUCAACCAAAGAAAGUUGCACAGCUAAUCACUUCUUCUGCUAGGAAGAAAAAAGUUGUUGGUACUCUUGCUAGGACUAUAGAAAAGCCUGUUGCUGGAACAGAUUUGGAUACAAAAUUCAGAUUGGUGGAUGAUGAUGAUUCCAAUAAGUGUAUGGGCUAUGAUACUGACCAUGACUUCAAUAAUGCUUUUAUUGACAACGAGGGCCAUAAUGGAGCUGCUCAUUGUGUGGCGGAAACUAUAUUUUCUCCUGCCUUCCAUCUUACAAGAAAUACUGGAGGUGAAAUUUCAAGUGCAGCAGAUUUCUUUAAAUUCUUUCAGCAUGGGAACCAUCAACUUGAGGACUGUGGAGAACAAAAAAUACAGACUGAUUGCCAUGAUUUAGGUGGUGUUGGCCUAUCAUCUGAAGUUUCAGCUAUAUAUCUUUCCAUGAGAAAUUCAAACCUAGAAUGUAUUGAUGAAAAUAAUCAAGAUCAUAUAUCAGCUGAUGUUUGUAAAGAAGAUGCGGAAGGUGAAGAAUUUGAUGAUUUUGAUCCAUAUUUUUUCAUAAAGAAUUUACCUGACCUGUCCUCGAUUGUCCCGGCAUUUCGCCCUGUGCUAUUACCCAAACAAACGAGAAGCUGUCCAUCAACAACUCUGGUCCUGGACUUGGACGAGACUUUGGUGCACUCCACACUUGAACCAUGUGAUGAUGCAGAUUUCACGUUCUCUGUUAAUUUUGACCAGACGGAGCAUAGAGUAUAUGUGCGAUGCCGUCCUUAUCUCAGAGAUUUCUUGGACAGAGUUUCCAGUCUUUUUGAGAUUAUUAUAUUUACUGCCAGUCAAAGCAUUUAUGCCGAGCAGCUUCUGAAUGUGCUAGAUCCGAAGAGGAAAAUAUUUCGCCAUCGGGUUUAUCGAGAUUCUUGCCUGUUUGUUGAUGGAAAUUAUCUCAAAGAUCUUUCCGUUCUUGGUCGUGAUUUGGCACGUGUUAUUAUAAUAGAUAACUCUCCCCAGGUUUUUGGUUUCCAGGUGGACAAUGGAAUACCCAUUGAAAGCUGGUUUGAGGACCGUUCUGAUACAGAAUUAAUAUCACUACUUCCAUUCUUAGAAAGUUUAGUUAGAGUUGAAGACGUAAGGCCCCUGAUUGCCAACAAAUACAAUCUCCGAGCGAAAAUAGAUGCAGCAGCAUGUCGUUUAAACUACACUGGAGGAGAUCCUUUUGAUAGAUAUGCCUUCAAUUACUCGUGCAACGGACUUGCUCCCUUGAAUCAUAUCAUAGUUGAACGUUUCUCUAGCAGUUAUAGAUUACAAGACAUGGCUUCUGUUAAGGUUGAAGUGGACGAGAGCAAGAUGCAAUUGAAGCAUUUAAGGUUUGUGAGGGUACUGGCGAUUAACGCUGUGGUGAUGGUGUCUAAUCUAUACGACUACGCGAAGCAGAAUUCCGGUCCGCUCAAAUCCACUGUCGGCACCGUAGAAAACGCCGUUACAGCUGUUGUUGGCCCCGUUUACGAGAAAUUCAAGGAUCUUCCUGGUGAUGUUCUUGUUUUUCUUGAUAAAAAGGUUGAUGAAGCAACGUACAAAUUUGACGAAUGCGCUCCACCUUUGGCCAAGAAAGCAUUGAGAAAAACCCAAUCAAUCAUCAUCAAGGCAUCAUGGGUAGCCCAAGAUUUGGUGAAAGAAGCUCAGGCUGCUGGACCAUGUGCUGCCAUUUUACAUGCGGGUACAAUGUCCAAGCAUUUUGCCGUGAGCCAAUUGGCUGUCGCAUGGUACAAAGUUCACCACUAUCCUGCCUUGCAAGGAGUGGCUAAGCUGGCUGUUCCUACAGCUGCACACUGGUCUGAGAAGUACAACAGUUUGGUAGAAGACAUGACUGCUAAAGGUUACACCGUCUUCAGUUAUCUUCCAUUAAUUCCGGUAGAGGAAAUGGUCAAGGCAUACAAGCAAGUUGAGGCUUUCGAUCAUAAGAAGGGAAAUUCAAGCAGCUCAAGUGAAAGUGAAUCCGACAAGGAAGAAUAGGGAUGUAAUCUCUGUUGUGUCUAGUGUGCUUUUGCUAUGUUCAUUUGGAAUUUUGUAUAUAAAUGACUCUGCUACUCAGAAUGAUAUGAGAUUGUUCUAGCAAAUCCAAAUUGAACUGUGUGGUAUUUGUUAAAUACUGUGUAAAAUAUAAUUAUGCAAUCCUCCAGACCAGGUUCUUGACAUUAAUUGUUCAGUCUUUGGUCUGGACAAGAAUUGAGUACGAGGCAUUUGGAUCCUUCUGUUGCAAGCGUGUAAUCUAAUUUGGAGGCAGGUUGAGUUCAACCAUUUGCCAUCAUA